AUGGAAAUUGUCUGGAGCUCUUUCGGCGUCAUCAUUCUUUGCACUUGGUCAAUCCUCGCAGUCCACGUACCCGAGCAACUCAAUGAGCUCGUACCCGGUAAUAGCAAAUUCAAGUCGACACUUCGCGAACUGGCGCGGGCAUGCUACCCAACGUUGAUUAAGCUAGGAUGGAUGCUAUUCACCUUCCUCGUGCCCGAAUUUGUCUUCGGCAAAGCACUCAACGGCUAUUUACACGCAAGGGAGGUAGAAAAGGCCAAGCGGCCCGGCGAGUCCGAUAAAAAGGCUACGACGUCAACUGUUAACCAGGAACAGGUCAAGGGGUGGACAGCCACUCACACGAUGCUAGCGGACAUUGGUGGCUUCUCUAUUGAUUUCCGGGGUCUGCCAUUGCCUUCUCAGGGCAAGGCCGACGGGGAUCUGGCAGAUGAUCACGGCGUCGAUGUGCCAGUCCCAUGCCAGGGAGACGAUAUCGAACAGGGAAAAAAUUCAUCUGCAUCAACAAUAAAAGUAAAAAACGAGAAAAUUUCAACGCAUGCGGUAACAACCGGGGAUCGGCUAUCAAGUUCCACUGAUGCUAUUUGCAUCGCAGCUCAUCCCGAGGACCCUCGCCUCACAGAUUUCAUUCAGCGGAUGAGACAGGCUUUCAGUAGCCUAGGCGGAAUCGAUUGGCAACCACAUCCAGAUCACCGUUCGAUAAUAAAUCAGCUGGCAUCCGAAGGUCACAUACCAGACGAGUGGUCGUUUGAGCAAUUCAACGAGUGGGCAAGAUCCCCUUUUUAUGCCUUGUGCGGAGACAGAUGGAUCCUCAAUGCGACGCAAAUCCUGCUGGCGACGGAAAGGGGGCUCAUCACCCUCCCAAGUCAAACGGCAUCAGAAAGAGUCAUUCAUGAUAAGAGCAAGAGCAGUGGCCUCAUUAUACUGUUGGCCCUAGUUCAGAUAGUGCAGCUCGCAGCUUCUUUGAUCAACCGGGCCGCCCAAGGCAUAGCGAUCAGCCAGCUCGAGAUGCUUGCACUCGCAUAUGGUGUCUGUGGUAUUGCAACGUACCUUCUCCAAUGGUCGUGUCCGAAAGACGUCGGCUUACCUAUCUUUGCACCCGCACUGAGGCCGGCGUCGAAAGAAGAUGUCCUCUUAAUCAGUCGGCAAGGGCAGGCCCGGUGGUGGUGGGGAGGAAUGUUACAUUUUGGCCGCACUCACACAAUUCCGUACCUGUUCACGCCCAGGCAGUCCAUAAGCCAUGAUGUCGGGACCUUGAUUGCACUUGUUGUCUUCGGCUCAUUCCAUCUGGUUGCCUGGAGAUUCUCAUUCCCCUCCGAUACCGAGCGACUUCUAUGGCAGAUCGCUUCGUUGGCCAUUACAGUGAUCCCGGCAGUGAUACUUGUCGUUAUGGCACUUUUACUGCUACAAGUUUCCGGCAAAACUCGGUCUGGCUCUGGGGAGAAAACACUAUUAUGGUUUAGCCUCUAUCCAAUGAUCCUUGUUUCGGCUUUAUUCACCUUGGUCAGGCUAUUCCUGAUUGUGGAGGCUUUCCGAUCGCUGUACUUCCUGCCUCCAUCUGCCUAUAUUGCUACAAGAAGCAGUAAUAUACCCGGUAUCGGCUAG